AUGAGAGCAGCCAAGCCAUGUAGAAACUGUGGCCACACCAGUUUUUCGAUCGAUCGCUACACUUCCCUGGGUGACGUGUCGUGCUCUAGGUGUGGAACUGUCCAAGAAGAAAACCCAAUAGUCUCAGAAGUGCAAUUUGGAGAACUGUCGUCUGGUGCCGCCGUGGUCCAAGGAACCAUGGUUGGAGCUGAUCAGACAAGAGCUACAUUUGGAGGAAGGCAGAAUGCCAUGGAAAGUCGUGAGCAAACGCUACAGAAUGGUCGUAAAAAAAUAAAACGCAUAGCUACGGCAAUGAGAAUUCCAGACUACAUUUCCGAUGCUGCCGCCGAAUGGUUUCGCCUUGCACUCACCCUUAACUUUGUUCAAGGACGUAGAUCCCAAAAUGUGUUGGCUGCGUGCUUGUAUGUGGCGUGUCGUAAGGAAAAGACCCCUCACAUGUUGAUAGAUUUCAGUUCGCGGCUCCAAAUCUCGGUGUAUUCGCUAGGUGCUACUUUUCUCAAGAUGGUACGAGCAUUGCAUAUAACAAACUUGCCGCUAGCGGAUCCUUCACUUUUCAUUCAGCAUUUUGCCGAAAGACUUGAUUUUGGCGAUCUUUUGACGAAAGUCAUAAAAGAUGCCGUUAAGCUCGCCCAGCGCAUGGCCAACGACUGGAUCCACGAGGGACGGCGGCCAGCAGGCGUAGCAGGCGCUUGUGUGUUGUUGGCAGCGAGAAUGAACAACUUUCGCCGAAGUCACGCCGAAAUCGUUGCGGUUGCACAUGUAGCAGAAGAAACAUUACAGCGCCGGCUCAAUGAAUUCAAAAAGACGUCAAGCGGAGCGCUUUCCGUGGCUGAUUUCCGCCUGCUGGAACAGAUGGACCCUGCCAAUCCGCCUUCUUUUAACAAAAAUCGAGAACAAGAGCUCCGCAUUGCUCAGGAACUCCAGCAAGCACAGAGCACAGAAACCUUACUUGGAGGCGAAACCAGCUCUGCUAAAGAAGCCCACAAACAGAAACUUCUUAAAACAAUACUCAAAGAUUGUGAUCUCUCAGAACAAGAAAUCUCCACACAGCUCCAGCGCAUAGUCCAGGCCCAGCAAAAGUCUCUCCAGAACUCGAUGUACACCACACCAUCCGACCGCCAAGGCGACGCCAGCAUCGACCGUGUGGACUUGGAUAAACCCAGAAACCUCUCCAAGAACCUUCCUCGAACCGAAGACAUUCUUCAAACGGUAUCGCUGCAUCCUACCGACUUUACAGAUCUCGACGAUGAAGAGCUUUCUUUGUUUAAGCUCACGGAAGAAGAACACCGUCUUAAAGAGCGGGUGUGGACCGGUCUAAACCAUGACUUUUUAUUGGCUCAAGAGCGUAAAAGGUUAAAGGAAGAGGCCGAUGAGCUCACUGGAAAUACGUCGGGAUCGAAAAGAAAGAGGAAACCCAAGGCUAGCGGCAUCGAAGAUCUCAAUGAAAUGGGAAUGGGCGAGGCGCUUGCAAAUAUUGGCGUUGACGAUUCUACUGGUGAGCCAUUAACGGCGGCCGAUAGUGCGAAGCGAAUGCUUUCAAAGAAAUCUUUUUCCAAGAAGAUCAAUUAUGCUACGCUUGGAGAUUUGUUUGGCGAAACCGCCCGAGCGGGAAGUACAUAA